AUGUGGCUGCCGGCUCUGGUCCUGCUGCUGGCUGUGGGGCUUCUGCACACUCAGGCCUCGCUCCCCGCACGCUCCUUCCAGCUAGAUUUGGAGAAGGAUUGCUUCCUCAAGGAUGGUAUCCCGUUCCGCUACAUCUCUGGCAGCAUCCACUAUGCCCGUGUCCCGCGGCCUGCCUGGAGGGAUCGGCUCCUCAAGAUGUACAUGAGUGGGCUCAGCGCUGUGCAGGUCUAUGUUCCCUGGAACUACCACGAGCCACUGCCUGGGGUUUAUGACUUUGCUGGAAACCGGGAUGUGGAAGCCUUCCUGGACAUGACAGCUGAGUUGGGGCUCCUGGUGAUUCUGCGUCCAGGGCCCUACAUCUGUGCGGAGUGGGAGAUGGGUGGCCUGCCUGCCUGGCUUCUGUGGAAAUCAGACAUCAUCCUGCGCUCCUCUGACCCUGCCUACCUGGCAGCUGUGGACUCCUGGCUCCAUGUCCUAUUACCCAAGAUCAAGCCACGGCUGUACCAGUAUGGAGGGAAUAUCAUCAGUGUACAGGUGGAGAAUGAAUAUGGCAGUUAUUAUGCCUGUGACUACGGCUACCUGCGGCAUCUGCUGGCCUCCUUCCGGGCACUGCUGGGGAGCGAGGUGCUGCUGUUCACCACCGAUGACACACGGGCGGAGGAUCUGCGCUGUGGCACACUGCAGGGUCUCUAUGCCACCAUCGACUUUGGCCCAGGCUCUAAUGUGACUGAAGCAUUCAGUGCCCAGCGCCAGGUCGAGCCAAAGGGGCCCCUGGUGAACUCUGAGUACUACACGGGCUGGCUGGACUACUGGGGGGAAGCACAUGCCAGCACCAGCUCAGCAAGGGUGGCCAAGGAGCUGGAGGACAUGCUGCAGCUGGGAGCCAAUGUCAACAUGUACAUGUUCCAUGGGGGGACAAACUUCGCCUACUGGAGUGGUGCUGACUUCAAAGACCAGUACAAACCAGUGACCACCAGCUACGACUACGAUGCCCCCCUCUCAGAGGCAGGAGACCCCACCGAGAAGCUGUUUGCUAUCCGUACAGUCAUCAGCAAGUUUCAGCCUCUGCCAGUCGGUCCAAUGCCAUCCGCCUCUGCCAAAUACGCCUACGGCUCGGUGGCCCUGAAGAAGUAUGCCAACCUCCUGGAUGUCUUGGAUGUAUUGUGUACCUCUGGGCCCAUCCACAGCCAGUUCCCCCUCACCUUUGAGGCCAUAAAGCAGGUCCAUGGCUUUGUGGUGUAUCGCACACAGCUGCCCCAGGAUGUCCCAGACCCGGCGAUGCUGGGUGCUCCUCCUCACACCAUCUGUGACCGUGGCUAUGUGAUGCUGCAGAAGGAGUACCAGGGGACGCUGGAGCGGGAUGGGCAGACAGCGCUGCGAGUGACGGGCAGGGCAGGGGACACCCUGGACGUGCUCCUGGAGAACAUGGGCAGGAUCAGCUUUGGGGCCAACAUCAGUGACUUCAAGGGCUUGCUGGGGAACCUCUCCUUAGACGCCAGCCAUCUAAGCAACUGGCUGAUCUAUCCCCUGGCCAUAGACACUGCUGUGCAUCAGGGUUGGCCCCACGGUGCCCUGCCAAAAUCAAACAGCAGGGGCAGAGCAGGGCCAGCCUUCUACACUGGGACCUUUGAGACCCCUGGCAUUGCCUGGGACACCUUCGUGAAGUUCCCGGGUUGGGGCAAGGGCCAGCUGUGGAUAAAUGGCUUUAACCUGGGCCGGUACUGGCCCCGCCGUGGGCCCCAGCAGACCCUCUUUGUGCCUGGCUCAGUGCUGCAUGUUGGACACCCCAACAACAUCACAGUGCUGGAGCUGGAGGGGGCACCCCCGAUCCCUCUCUUGCUCUUCCUCGACCGACCCAUUUUCAACAGGACCCUCAGCCACAGCACUGUGGCCACAGAAUAA